CAGAUGUUGCAAGUGAUGAGGUUUGCUAUAGAGGAAAUUAACAACUCAACCUCCAUCUUGCCUGAUGUGUCCCUUGGCUAUGAGAUCUUUGACCAUUGCUCAGAAGUGCAGAAUUUCCAGUCAGUUUUUGAAUUCCUUUCCAAAAAUCAUUCUGUUCCAAUUCAUCGUAACUUUAAGGAGUACAAGCCUGAAGUCGUGUCUAUGCUUGGCCCCUAUGGAAGUAGUCAAACUAUUACCAUUGCACCAUUUUUCAUGAUGGACCUUCUUCCAAUGGUAAAUUAUGGAUCAUCAAGCUCCAGUUUAAGUGAUAAAAAUAUAUAUCCAUCCUUCUUUCGAACGGUAACCAGCAACAGAGGUCAAGUACAGCUGAUCAUUCGCAUUUUGCGACGUUUCAAAUGGACCUGGAUCGCAUUCAUAAGCAGCGACAAUGAUUACAGUCGAGAUGCCCUUCAACUCUUCAUUGAUGGCAUAAGAGAGACCAGCAUCUGCUUGGCUUACCAGGAUGAACUCAAAGGCGAUUCCAAACACGGCACCAUACUUGAGAAUAUAAAUACGCUUCGUAUAAAUGUCAUCAUAGUGUAUACUUUAGAGUUGUACGCAACUGCGUUAAUUCAAUCAGCCAUACUGAACAAUGUACAAGACAAGGUGUGGAUUGCAAGUGAUGCCUGGUCUUUGAAUAAGGAACUUCCCACGCUCCAAGGACUCAACACCGUUGGUACUAUUAUUGGAGUAACAGAGAGGGUUGUGAGCUUACCUGGGUUUCCAGAAUUUGUCCACAAAUCUCGGGGUGACAGUAAACAUCCUCAAUGCAAAAACGAAAAACUCCAGGAAUUUGGGGCAACUUGUAAUCAAGCUUGCUAUAACUGCUCUUACAUCGACCCAAACAAAAUAAUUACUCAAGAUCCAUCUUAUAACUUUGCCAUUUACUCUGCAGUUUAUUCAGUGGCAAAAGCCUUACACAACAUAUUACAUUGUGGUACAAAAGGGUGCAACAAGACUGAAAGAGUCUUUCCUUAUGAGCUUCUCAAAGAAAUAAAGAAGUCAGACUUCCAACUACUGAACCUACGUGUAAAGUUUGAUAAAAACGGAGAUCCUCCUUCAAGAUAUAACAUAGUGUUCUGGAACUUGGACAACUCUGAAAAUCCGUUUCAGCACGUCGGAUCAUUUGACUCAGAGCCGGCUGUGCGUUUCGGUAUGAACGAAUCUCUUAUACGCUGGUACAGCAAUGGAACAAUUCCUGUAUCACGGUGCUCUGAGGAGUGUGAAAAAGGCUCUGCUAGGAGACCAUAUAGAAUAUAUAAGUGCUGCUUUCUGUGUGAUGUCUGUCCAAAUGGCACCUAUGUCAAUCAGUCAGCUGAUCCGUACAGUUGCCUCCCGUGUAAGAAGAACGAAUGGUCUGACCCAGGGAGCACUUCAUGUACAGAGCGUUCUGUGGAGUAUGUUCACAUCACGGAGCCUCUGUCAGUCCUGCUCAUGCUCUCUGUCAGCUUCAUGCUCUUUCUUGCAGCAGCCAUCUCCAUCCUCUUCGCCCGUAACUACAGCACCCCAGUUGUGAGGUCCGCGGGGGGUAAAAUGUGUUUCCUCAUGCUGGGCUGUUUGAGCGGUUCAGGUUUCAGUGUGUUCUUCUAUUUUGGCAUCCCGAACCAAAUCAAAUGUGUGUUGAGAAGCAUAUUUUUCCCUCUGUUUUACACUGUCUGUCUGUCUUGCCUCACCGUCCGAUCCUUCCAGAUAGUCUGCAUCUUCAAAAUGGCUGCCAAGCUACCCAAAGCACAUGCCUGGUGGGUCAAGUACAAUGGACAGUGGCUAUUCAUAGCAGUGGCCUCUACUGUCCAGUUAAUAUUUUCUGCACUCAGUGCUCCUAGACCCUCCAAUGACACAGUAACCUUCAAAGAUCAAAUAAUUAUGGGCUGUGACGCAACAAGUUUCAUCCCAGCCAGCUGUGCUCUGUUAUUUGCUGUCUUUCUUGGUAUUUUGUGCUUUUCCUUUUCAUACAUGGGAACUGACCUCCCCAAAAACUACAAUGAGGCCAAAUCUAUUACAUUUAGUGUGCUGCUGUUUUAUCUUUCAUGGAUUUCCUAUUUCACUAUUUACUUUCUUUACAAAGGCAAACACCUGCCCAUAUUUAAUGCAUUCUCAAUGCUGACCAGUUCAUACGGAAUUCUCUUGAGUUAUUUUGUCCCAAAGUCGUAUGUCAUUCUUUUCAAGCCUGAGAAAAACACACAAGCACACUUUCAGUCUUGUAUUCAGGAUUAUACCCAAAAGAUCAGCAGGCUGUAG